UAGUGGCAUUGAAGUUGAAAAGUUAAACAUAAUAUUUUCUCUUUAAUUUUAAUGGAAUUUUAAAAUAGUACGAAUAGCGCCACACUAACAGAUAAUAGCUUUUUAAUGUUUUGAAUUGAGGAAAAUUUACCAACUGAAAUGAUAAAUCAAAUCAAAGAAAGAGCUAAUUAUUAAAGGACCGACCUUAACGUCCUAGUAAAAAGGCACUUCCUUUCUGUCGCUAGUAAGUGCUGUACGGAAAUGCCAGCAUUUCCUUACGACAUGGAUUUUCAGUCUAUGUUUAAGGACUUUAAUCCUAGCAAGUUCGUGGUGCACUGCAGCUUAUUAGCUUUUGUAGGAUUGUUCGCUCUUCGUUUGGAUGGUUAUAUUGAUUGGCCAUAUUGGGCCAUCUUCACACCUCUGUGGAUAUGGAAGGGAAUUGCUGUAUUGGGUGCCGCGGUCGGUGCUGUGGUUUGGUGUCGGUACCCGCAUUACCGACUUGAGGGGGACUCUUAUACUCAAUUCAAAGCUAUGCUGAUUUCCCUCUCGCUACACCUCAUAUUGUUAAUGUUUGAGCUGCUCGCCUGCGACAAACUUAGCUCCGGUCGCCACCUAUGGGUGUUGGUGUUCAUACCGUUGAUUUUUGGCUCAGUGGCUAGCGUUGGCGCUUGUGUGUGGGCAGUUAAACAUGAUCGUUCUUUCGAACUAGAACUAUUUUUGGCAGUUAACGCACUUCAGUUCGUUUCAUUGCCAUUGAAAUUAGAUCAAUUCGUGUACUGGAACUGGGAAGUCGUGUUUGUUCCCAUGUGGAUAGUUAUCUGUCUGAGCUUAGUUAGUGUUCUCUACAAUAUAAUCUUUUGCUGUAUUAUGUUACGUACACCUGAAAUAUCAUUCAUACAAAAGAAGAAUGCCAUUCAUGCGGCCUUGGGAAACUUUUGUACUGUGGUACCGUUGCUCUGUUUUCAAGUGGUGAUUUGUGAUAAGCUAGAAGGAGAAGAAAAGUAUACCUAUCUUUUUGUAUUCGGGCCGUUGAUGCUAUCUCUCUGCACAUUGAUUGUGUUGAGUUUUAGUGCAAAAGGUGGGAACAAGUGGUGGUUCGGGAUACGCAAAUCGUUCAGUCAGUUUCUCCUCUCGUCCAUGCCUUGCCUCCAAGAGUAUGCCAAUAUAGCGUAUCAUGCAAAUCGGUCCACUGCCGCACAAUCUGUUCCGUUGGACGCGUCUACCAGCACUGCGCAUACGGGCAACAAAAAAAGCAAAAAAGGGGCAAAGAACGAUAGCAUGAAGCCGGUUGUGCCAAUCAUCAGCAUCGAUAUGCCCGACUAAGAUCCAAGAUACGCUCAUAAGUUUGUCGAUGCAAGGACAUACCAAUACACACUUAAGCAUAGGUAUAAGUAAGUUUAAGGGAAUUGAAACUAUUAGAAUCUAGUUUACGCAUACAAACGUACAUGAGCAUGAGCAUGCUUUGGUGGAGCUUCUCAAAGUGCUUGAAAUAUCAUUUGAGUUGGAG